CUUGGCUCCAGCUCUCAGCCUGACACAGCUGAUCCCAGCACCCUAAUCACUCACCUGCCUGCCAUCAACUCAUCACCUGCAGCCUACAAAUGUUUGGACUCCACUCGGCGCGAUUGCCAGAUCGUUUCACCUUGCUACAUGUGUUCCCUACUUGCCGUGUGUGCCUGCCUCAGCCUGCUAGCCUCGGCCUGCUAGCCUCGGCCUGCUAGCCUCGGCCUGCUAGCCACAGCCUGCUAGCCUCAGCCUGCUAGCCUCAGUGUGCUCUCCUGGACUGCAAAGCCUAGGACUACAAGCUGCCUCCUUUUCCCUCAGGUUUUAUUAAUAAUAACCCUUGAACACUAUUUCAGCUUGUCUUUACUGCAUUUGGGUCCACCCAUUUUACCCCCCCGUGACAGAAAAAAACACAAAAAAUAGCAGGUUUGCAAGAUUAUCAAAAUUGCUAGAAUUCUAGGACAAACUGGCGAGAAGCGUUACCACAUGUAGCAAGGUGAAACGAUCUGGCAAUCGCGCCGAGUGGAGUCUAAACAUUUGUAGGCUGCAGGUGAUGAGUUAAUGGCAGGCAGGUGAGUGAUUAGGGUGCUGGGAUCAGCUGUGUCAGGCUGAGAGCUGGAGCCAAGCCUACGCCCAAAACACGCCCACUCUCCCAAAGACACACAGAGAAAAACAGACAGACUGACUGUGACACCCACUGAGAAAGCCAGCCUGGUGUGUCUGACACUUGGCCAUGUGAGACGACAGCUGGAGAGAGUCAACCGAGCCAAGUCAGCAGGCCCUGACCGAGUCAACCCCUGGGUCCCGGAGACUUGUGCUCCUCAGCUGGCUGAGAUCCCGCACUUCAUCUUCAACCUGAAUCUGAAGUUAGAAAGGAUACCAGUGCUAUGGAAAAAAUCCUGCAUAGUGCCAGUGCCCAAGAAGCCCAUCUAAUCGGGCUUGAAUGACUUCAGACCGUUUGCUCUGACGUCUCAUGUCAUGAAGUUCCUCGAGAGACUUGUGCUGGAUCAGCUGAGACCCUUGGUGUCUCCUACCCUGAACCCUCUACAAUUUGCAUAUCAGCCCCAUGUAGGAGUGGAUGAUGCUGUUAUCUACCUGCUGCAUCGUGCUCACUCUCACCUGGAUGGUGGGAGGGGCUCUGUGAGGAUCAUGGUCUUUGAUUUCUCCAGUGUCUUUAACACCAUUCAGACAAUUCUGAUGAGUGACGAGUUGUUCAGGAUGGUUGUCAGUUCCUAUAUUGUCUCCUGGAUCACUGGUUACUUGUCUCACAGGCUCCAGUUUGCGCGACUGGGGAGCUCCCAUUUGGAUACUGUGGUCAGUGGUGUGGGUGCUCCACAGGGGACCGUCCUGUCUCCUUUCCUGUUCACCCUGUACACCUCAGACUACCAGUAUAGUUCCAGGACCUGCCACCUGCAGAAAUACUCAAAUGAUUCUGCUGUGGUUACAAAGGGACAGGAAUGGGAUUACAGGACACUGAUCGCUGACUUUGUGGAGUGGUCUCAGGCGAACCAUCUGCCCCUUAAUGUGGACAAGACCAAGGAGCUGGUCAUCGACUCCAAGAAGAGAAUGACCCCUGUGGAGCCCAUAAAGAUCCAUGGCCGGGAGGUGGCACCAAUGGGGCAGUACAAGUACCUGGGAGUCCACUUGAACAGCAGACUGGAUUGCAAGGACAACAGCAGAAUGGACUGCAAGGACAACAGCAGAUUGGACUGCAAAGACAACAGCAGACUGGACUGCAAGGACAACAGCAGAGCUGCUUACAAGAAGGACAUGAGCAGACUGUUUCUCCUGAGGGCGCUUAGGUCAUUUAAUGUGUGUUUGAGAUCUUUUAUAAAAAUAUAAUAUAAAAUAAUAAUAUAAUUUAUCAGUAUAUAUUAUUGUGCAGCAGCAGCCGGGACGAGACAAGGGGUUGGACUUGGGAGUUGGAGCAGAAAGAGACACAUUAGCGAGAGACUAAGAGAGCGAGCAGACUAAUAAGUCACGAGAGCGAAGACUGCUGGGAAACGGGAUAUCCGUGUGCGUGGGUACUUGCAAACAAAGACUUGUUCAAAUCUGACAACUGGGCUCCCAGAAGAUCUAUCGGCAUCAGGAGAACCCACCAUAGACUUUCAUAACUGGCGCCCAAUAGACCUGAGAGCCAAGGAUCUCCACGCCUGACCCACUGACAGUGCUGGCGCAAGUACUCGCAAAGUUGACGGCAGCGAGUCAACAGCAGCUGUAGGCGGUCCGUCUCCAGGCGGCCCAGCAGAGCCAGAUUCUGCGAGCGCUGACGUACCGGGUCAGAACGGCAGCGCCGACAUCAGCGGCCGUCUCCAUGCAACGCAUGGGGAGAAAGAGGACCCCCAGGCUUACAUUUUUGUGGUCUCGACGUAGGCAUGCGAGUGUGCAGAGGAGGAAAGGGGAGUACGCCUGCUGCCACUGCUGGUUGGAGAAGCGCAGUGGGCGCCGCUCAGCCUACCAGUGGAAUCCCGCGUGCGCUUCCCGGACUUGAGACGUGCGGUGCUUGACCGAACUGGCAGCACCAGCGAAGACCACCAAUGCUGGUUCCGGGCGCUGCGCAUGGGGGUGGAGGAUUGUCCGUUUGUUUUGGGGCAACAGCUCUGAGAUGCGGUGACACGCUGCCUGCAGCCGGGCGAAGGCGACGUCCAGGUGGUGGAGCGGCUUGUCUUGGAGCAGUUCCUGGAGGUGAUCCCAGCGCUGACAGUGGCCUGGGUCCGCUACCACUGGACCCAAGACCUGGCGACAGCAGUGACGCUAGCAGAGGACCAUCUGACGGUGCAACGCGAAGCACAGAGGGAGAAGAGGACCGCGGAGGCGGCUGAGCGCCUGGCACCAGUGCUGCGCAGGCCGCACGUGCAGUGAGAGAAUGUGGCGUCGCCGGUCCCGCGUCGCCGUGCAACUGACUUGACUUUUCCUUGUGCUUCCGUGCAGGUCCCGGCUGCUGCGGAUACAGUGGUUCCCGCGCAAACGGCCCUUCAAACGCCUGAUCAGGCGUGCUGGAGGCUUGGGCAGCCCGGUCGUAUGAGUCAGGGACCUCCACGCGUGGAGGUGAGGCAGGUGAUCCGGGUUGUCGGCCCUCCGGCGCCCUCCCCCGGCCCGGGUAAGACGUACUGUAUUCCGGUAAGGAUACAAAGGAGUACACACCGGGUGAAGGUGGAUUUGGGCUGCGAGCAAUCCACGAUCCACCAGAACCUGGUUCGACCCAGAGCUUUGAGGCAGACAGCACAGGUGAAAAUUAGAUAUGUUCAUAGAGAUGUGCACGAAUACCCUGUGGUGCCGGUGGAAAUUCGAUGUGGAAAACAAAAGUAUAGCGUCAAGGUUGCUGUAAGUGCGCUCCUUACGCACCCCUUAAUCCUGGUUACCAAUUGGGCGGGGUUUAACAAUUUAGUGACGCAGUGUGCAGGGGUGUGUUCACAACCAGUAGGAAAGGGGAAUAUCUGCGCGGUUCUUAGUGGCGACGCGGGUUCAACCGACACUGCCGAGGGAGAACCGGCAGAGGCUUCUCGGGAAGCCCUCCUGGCACCCCACGGAGGACUUCCCCCUAAAGCAGUCUCGGGAUGACACUGCGCUCAGCUUGGGACCAAGUGAUUUCUAUUGACGGUCAGCUGGUGCGCCCGGGAACAGCGCGAGUAUUCCCUCACUUUGCUUUAAUUAGGGAUAGAUUAUACAGACUGACUCAUGACACUCAAACGGGAGAAGAAAUCACCCAGUUGUUGGUGCCGAAACGCUGUCGGAAAAUGGUUUUCCAGGCGGCGCACUUUCACACUAAAUUUGUGAACGAGGACAAACCAAAUUGGCAUAAAUGGUUGGAUCCCCUGCUCUUUGCAAUGCGGGAGGUUCCCCAGGCCUCCACGGGAUUGUCCCCCUUUGAAUUGUUGUACUGCAGGAAGCCGCACGGGGUUUUGGACCUCAUUAAGGAAAGCUGGGAGAAUGGUCUAAGCCCCAGCAAAAAUGAAAUACAAUACGUUAUGGACCUGAGAGCAAAACUCCACACGUUAGGUCACUUGUAACGCGAUGGACCUGAGAGCAAAACUUCACACGUUGGGUCACUUGUCACGCGAGAAUUUGCUCUGGGCCCAGGAACGUCAGCAGCACCUGUAUAACAGAGGAACGCAGCAAAGAACAUUUUCACUGGGAGAGAAAGUGCUUGUAUUACUCCAUCCAGCUCUAAAUUACUCGCCAAGUGGCAAGGACCCUUUGUGAUCACACAGUUUGUUGAGUGACGUCGAUUAUGAGGUUCGGCGUUCAGACCAGGGCUGAAACACCCAAAUUUACCAUGUCCACCUCCUGAAAGGGAAAAAACGGCGUUCUCCACUCUGGAAGGUUUAUACCAAUUCGUGACACCUCAGUUCGGCUUGUUCGGGGCGCCCGCCACAUUUCAGAGACUCAUGGACCGGGUGCUGCGUCCCCACGCUGCAAAUGCUUCCGCCUAUCUGGAGGAUGUCAUCGUCCAGUGUGACAGCUGGGCGGAGCCUAUGCAGAGGGUGGAGGCGGUGCUCGAGUCCCUGAGGCGGGUGGGGCUGAACGAGAACCAUGGGAAGUGCGUAGUUGGCCAGAGGGAGGUACAGUAUCUGGGGUACCACUUGGAGGAGGACAGGUGUGCCCACAAGUAGAUAAGACAGCGACGAUUGCGGCCUGCCCAACCCCCAAGACGAAAAAAGAGUUUUUGGGACUGGCAGGUUACUACCGGAGGUUUAUCUCCCGGUUUGCGGACCUGACCAGCCCACUAACUGACUUCACCCGAAAGGGUGCUCCAGAUCUAGUCCAGUGGAUGGAGCAGUGCCAGCAGGCAUUUGAGAGGGUUAAGAAGGCCCUCUGCUAAGAGCCGGUCCUGCACAUGAUUUUUCUCUACCGUUCUUUUUGCAUGCUGACGCGUCGGGCAGAGGGCUGACAGCUAUUUUGUCCCAUCAGGUGGGGGGGGCGUCGAUCGCCCGGUGCUGUUCAGUCGGAAAUUCUCAGACCGGUAGGUAAGGUACAACGCGGUGCAGAGGGAGUGCCUCACCAUCCGGUGGGCGGUCUGUGCCCGCCGAUACUACCUUCUGGGGCGCUCAUUCGGCCUCUGCUUGGACCACAAACCCCUCCAGUGGCUCCACCGCAUGAAUGAUGCCAAUGCGCGGAUCACCCGUUGGUAUCUAGCGUUACAACCCGACAAUUUCAGAGUGAUCCACGGACCGGGGACGCAGAUGGCCAUGGCCGACUUCCUCUUCCGCUCCCACAUGGCUUCCCAAGACUGCUGGGAAGCGGGCUAUCCUUGUGCGUGGGCGCUUGCAAAUAAAGACUUGUUCAAACCUGACAACUGGGCUCCCAGAAGAUCUAUCGGCUCCAGGAGAACCUACCAUAGAGGGAGACUUUCACAAUUAUAUACUGUAUAUAUAAUUUGUAAAUAUUACAGCUAUGAUAUAUUUUAUAUUUCUACCAUGGUACAUGUUUAGUCUACUUUAUACCUGCAUUAUUCUUUCCAUCCUUAUCCUUUCCAUCUUUUGUAACUGAACUACAAUUUCCCUUGUGGAUCAUUAAAGUUUGUCUAAGUCAAACAUCUUUUUGUUCUGACCAUAAUAUUAUCGCACUGUGAUAUCAUUUUGAUACGGUUCCAUCUUAUAAAGGACACCACGGUGGUGACACCUGACACACAAUAUCAUUCUUUUCAACACUUUGGGUGUGCUAAAAAAAGAUGCUCUCCA